UGGAGCCGGGCUCCCUUCGGACUGCCCUCUGCACCCACCUGCAUCUUUACCACCUUCACCGUUCCCCGGUUCCCACCCACCCCGCGCCUCCCCUGGAUGGAUCCCUCUUCCAGUUGAUCUUUUGGGGAUCUUCGCUUCCCGGAUCAGCCUCGCGCAACUUCUUGGCUUUUUCCCGCCGCUGUUCCACUUUCGCAACGAUUUUGCAUCCGCCUUUGAUCCCCAGUUUGCUACGAUUUUGCAUCUGCUUUGCUACCCGCUUUACUCCCCGCUUUGCUACGAUUUUGCACCUAUUUUGCUACGAGUUUGUAUCGGCGCGACAGCACCCCCCCUCCCGUACUAUUGCCAAGUAACCCCGCAGCCCACCCUCCCUCGUUUUCUCACAGCUCUUCGCCCCAGCAGCUUUCCGGCGGAUCCGUGCGCCCCUCCACCGGUUGCUCGGGAUCCACCGCCCCCCGCCCCUUUGAUCCACCCCCGCCCUCCGAGCCCGAUGAAGCCUAGCGGGGGAGCCGAGGGGACAGAGGCGGAGGGCACCGAAGCCGAGCGGGAGCCACUCAACCCCGAAUCCUCGGAGACUUUGGGCGUCUCCGCCACCUACCGGGAGUUCGUGCGCCGGAGCUACCUGGAGCUGAUGAGCGCCAACCAGCAUUCACUCCAUGCCCUCAACUGGCGCCGCCUUUACCUUAGCCGGGCCAAGCUCAAAGCCUCCAGCCGCACCUCAGCCCUGCUCUCCGGCUUCGCCAUGGUGGCUAUGGUGGAAGUGCAGCUUGAGGAUUACAACUACCCCCCGGAACUGCUGGUCGCUUUCAGUGCCUGCACGACGGUGCUAGUGGCCGUCCACCUCUUUGCUCUCAUGGUCAGCACCUGCAUCCUGCCCAACAUCGAGGCGGUCAGCAACAUCCACAACCUGAACUCAGUCAACGAGUCGCCCCAUGAGCGCAUGCACCGCUACAUUGAGCUGGCCUGGGGCUUCUCCACAGCGCUGGGCAUUUUCCUCUUCCUUACCGAGGUGGUGUUGAUCUGCUGGGUUAAAUUCUUGCCCAUAGGCAGGGUUUCUCCAGCCAGGAAAUGUUGCACGGCCGCUCCGGUCCUUUCCAGCAGUGUCAUUGCUCCAACUGUGCCUCCUCCGGACAACUCCGGUUGGAACGCUGCCUUGGCCUCCACCGUAAUCAUGGUACCGGUGGGUGUGGUUUUCAUCAUCUUUGCUUUGCACUUCUACCGGUCCCUGGUGGGCCACAAAACUGACCGGCACCAGCAAGAACUGGAGGAGCUCAACCAGAUCAAAUAUCAGCUGGAUGGGGAAGCCACAGCACUGCAGGUGGUGUGAGGUUUGGUGGCGUUAUGUUGUUGGAGGCAAUUAUUUCAAGAGAAGAAGAAAAUGGUGAGGGAUGGUCUCUCUGAUGUUUUGACUUGGUGGGGAAACGGCGAAGUAAUUGGUACUUCUGGAAUACCAUCAAAAAGCUAUUGGGACCUUUACAAAGGGAAGAUUUCCUUGCUGUUUUGCAAAAUGUACUUAUGUCCCCCAAACAAGAGAGAAAGGCAAAGGAUAUUUGACGGACAGAGUUUUGUCAAAACAUGCUCCCUGGAUGUACUUGUGGACAUCUGGAUCCAGCUUAAGCUUCCACAAUGGUGUCAUUCCAUGGUUGUUUGAUAAUGGAAUGAAAUGUCUACUCAAAGCAGCUGCCAAGAAAAGUGAAAUUUGUUGGCAAGAGUGGAGACGGCGACUUGGCUGAUUUGGGUGCAGUGAGUGUCCCUCCCCCAUUCUGGCUAUAUUCCUUAUUGCAGUACUCCACGAAGCUCAAUGGAUACAGUUUAUGUCCUCCAUACAUUUUCCCACUUUCCCACAAGAAGAGAGAAAAGCCCUGGAUUAUCUUACUCACAUGAGCUAGAAUUCACAGCGGGAAGGAGGUGGUAGGGGAAGAACUGAAGCUAUUCAUUAUUUGUGUCCAGGGUAAUUGUCAGUAACUGAGUACCUGCUGGGCCACUCGCUACUGUCUACUUCUGUGCCUUGAAACAGGAAUCUCAAAGCCUGAGGCUGAGACCUUUAAACAUGUAAAAGUGAGCUUGCUGUGGAGGCACACUUAUGGCAUGUAUGACGCAAAUAGAGCCUUCUGCCCAAGAUUGGGCUGUGGAGGCGGAGAGAUCCAUUUUUCUACUUUCAGAAGUGAGAUUUGCACACUGCUGAUGGGCCAGCUUUGCGUCACAAAACUACCUCCACAACACAGGGCCAGGCACAGCACCGACUGGCAUGCACCAGUCACAAAGCCGCUCCCUCCACGACUUUGCUGGAGGACAUUUCAAAACGUCCAAAAAAAAAGGAGAAUAAACGAUCACAAAAUGUUGAGCGAGCUUUCGGUAGGGUAACUAUGUAAGCACCAUGCAAAUAUAUUUUUUUUUAAGUGGAGGUCCUCUCUCAAACAUGGCAAAAGGGGCAACAGCCAACUCUGGAUCCAGAGCCAGGGACAUGUGACAAUAGAAUUUGCCAUGCAGCAAAUCCAAAGACUUUGUACCCACUCCUGUUUCGGGUUAUGGCUGUACGCAGAUCCAAGAGGACUACCUGGGCCUUAAGCCUCAGAAGCAAACUCCGGCACAGAAGUCACCUGCAUUAUUGAUUGCUGUGAUUGGCAGGUAGUAUGAAGCCUCUGGAUUGGCCAGACCUGGUAAAAGGAUCCGGGCUGCUGCCCUUUUGCGGCCAAUAGAGCAAUCUGUACUUGAAGAUCCAGCAACAGACUUCAGAACUACAUGUAUCAGUUCUGGAUUCAGUUAUAGCUGUCCGUUGUCCCAGCCUUGCUUCAUAUGGGGGCUCAGCACCCAUAUCGUGCCUGGCUCUUCCCCCCACCAUACUACCAGGACUGUUGACAAUCAUCACAGAUGCCUAGAUAAAGAUUCCCUCUAGUGCCGCCCUCCCCAAUCAAAUCUACCCCGGAUAUUGUAUGAAAAGGGCAGGACUUGCCCAGCUCUAUGGACCACUAAGGUGACCAGAUCCUCCUGAAUUUUGUACCCUUACUCCAUCACCCCCAGCAGCCUUACUUACUGGGGCAAAAAUCAGUCCAAGGGGAGUCCAUUUUAAUUGGGGGAAGCAGCUUUAUAUGCAUGUAUUGUGCUGCCAAGUUGCAGUUAACUAAUUAUGAGCCCGCCCAGUUGGGUUUUCAGGGCACGUGAGAGAAGGUGUUUUGCCAUUGCCUUCCUCUGCAGAGCAACCAUCGGUGGCAUCGAAUCCAAGUAUCCCUGCUUAUGCUCCGAGAUCUGAAAAGAUCCGUCUAUGCCAUACCAUUCCAUAUCCCAAAACAGCUUAGUGGGGAGGCUGAAAACCCUGUUCCCCAGUGCAGCCCAAAUCCAGCUUUUUGAUGGUAAAUUACACAUUGGAAGAUCCCACUGCAGGAUUUCUGUGAAGACUUGUGCUUUCAGCAAAGCAGGUGGCUACUACCACCCUUUUCCUCUAUGGAGCUUUACCACUCUCUCUUUUCAACUUGUAUUACUAACUCUGGAAAUGGGGAGGGGCGGGGGGAAGAGAAAGUUCUUUGCAGUUGCUUAGCAGCAAGAAACAUUCCCCAGCAGAGGGAAGAAUGUACUGCAGUUGCUCGGUAACAGCAACCUAUUCUCUUUCUCCCAUGGAUGGCAGCAUUGAAGAUAACACCCGCUGGCAAUGGGGCACUUGGCUGCAACCCACAGAUAAAAUGGAUGUGCAGGGUUUUUUGGGGGGGCGGUGCAGCCUCUUUGUUCCUAGUCCAGGGCAAAUUCUUAGAGCUGCCCUUGUCUUUGAGAUAGCAAGCGGGGAAUGUUUGAGAGAUGACUCAUGUCCUUGGUGUUUGGUCUUGUUUCUAUAGAAGGACAGCUCAUUUGAAGCUGUCAGGCUGAAGGGAAGUGGUAUAUUUGUGUUGGGCAAGGAGGAAACCGAAGGCAGAAUAUCCUCUGUGGCCGAGCCACCCACAGCUGUUACCAUUCUUCUGCCACUGGUUUUGUCUCUUGGAUUGUCAUCAGAAUAGCUCCUCAUGUACAAAGGUGCACAAAGCCGGGUAACCAAACUUCCUGCAGCUGUUGCCCCAAAUUCUUUAUGUUGCCAGGAAAUGCAAGAUGGGCCAAAGUUAUCACCUGCUCAGGGUGGCCAUUCUCCUGGGAGCAGUGGGUAAGCUUCCACCGCCGGGCUUCAGGAGCCGCCAGCCCUCUCUGCUCCAGCAGGAACAUGGGGCAGGGUAUGAUGUCAUGUGAUGUCACUUCUGGUUUGCAACCAGAAGUGACACCACUGCUUUCUAGAAAUUCACACCUCCCUAUCAUAAAAAAAAAUGGAGUUGAGCAAAUUCCUAGUGCGCCAUGAUGUCACUUCUGGGUACAAACCAGAAGUGAUGUCAUGACAUUGUGCAUUAUUGCCUCCCUCCAAAUUCUCCAGUCUAUUCUACUCCCCCUGGACAGGAAGCCUGGUUCCUAUUUAUUACAUUGCCCUAAGCAAGGUACACCUAACCUGAUUUGAAGCUGGCCAGCAGCAAUGUAGGCCCAAAUGAGUUUGUUCUCUAGAACGCAGCAAGAGGCUCUGAAAACUGAAGCAGACCACGUUUUCGUAGCACCGCCUUGCAUUUGGUUUUUUCAGCUCAUGCUAGGUGUGACACAACCCAGGAAUCUUGUAUAAAGCUGAGGGGUGGGGGGAGGGGCUGCAUCAUGUCCUAGGGGAGCCAUUCACUGACAUCAUGUCCAGCAGUGAUGAAGUUCAGCUUUUUGGAGGAGAAAAAGUUGCAUAAUUGAACCCACUAAGAAAUGUCGCUGAGAAUUUCUUAGGAAACGGCGUCUGCCAAAUAUUCAGCACAGUAUGAUGUAGAAACACAGAGCUGGAAGCGAUCCCAAGGAUCAUCUAGUCCAGCCCACUGCAGGAAAUUCACAGCUACCCCUCACUUCCCCCCAGUGACCCCCUGCUCUAUGCCCAGAGGAAGGUAAAAAACCUCCAGGAUCCUUGGCCAAUCCUUGAAAAAAUUGCAGCAGAAACUGUUUUUGUUAACAUUUGCAAACAGCACUCGGUGAACAUGGAUGGUACUUGCUUUCUGGGUUGGUACAUUUGCUCAUGCAUUUCUGAUUUGUCUCUUCUGGUGGACACCAAUUUCUGGCAUUUAUAUUCUGGAUCUGUUUUUAAAAUAAAAAAAAAAUACCCCAAAGUUGUCAAACAUUUUUUUGCCUAAACGCCAUGAAGCGUGGCAGAUUUGCAGAGCUGCGUUAGGCAGUUUCAUUCUAAUUUCCAGAGUUCCUCAUCAGAUUGUACCAUUUCAUGAGACAGAUAUGGGAAUGCAUGUAUAUACUCUUCAUUUAUUUUAUAAUAUCCUGUUUCUUACGGAGUUCAAGGCAGGAAGCAUACAUGGGAGUUGGGAGGUCUCCCAUCCAGAGCCUGACCUGCUGUUCAUCCAGCUAUGGGACUUUUCUGAAGGUCCAUGCAUACCUAUCGAAAAAAACCCUGUAUGCAGAAAGUUGUGAGAAUAUUUCUUGGGGGACCCCCUCUCCGUGAGUCCCCGUUGCCACCUCGAUUCUUUGUUCUGGGAUAGCCCCUUACCAAGGGUUGGGUGGAUGUAAAGCUAAACUCGCUUUCCCUAGUGCUGACCUGAGCUACUGACGCAGAUAGGCACCUUUGUACAGACAAGAUCUUAACCAAUACUGAAGGUUUAUUUUAAAAACAAAAGAGAGACAAUAGUAGCAGAACAAGGCUCCAAAGCUGGGCCCGUCUGCCCUUGAAUGUUUCCAACGGUUAGCAAGACUGAUAAUGAUACAGACAUACAAGCAUGCAACAAUAAUAGUACUACAAUAUAAAUCCUUAGCCCCACAAGAGUGCUCUGGACCACCUGUUGAAAACUCCAGGACUAAACAGGUCUCUGUGAGUUCCCAAGAGGCAGUGCAGAGUGUCUUCUGCCUAGCACUUUUCUAGACCGAUUCUCUGGGUCUCUGAUGUAGUUUGACACUUCAUCAGUUACGUAGGCUUUGUUAUUAUUAAAGGUAUUCCUGAUAUAAGAAUGUUAUAGGAACACAAUUAGAACAUUCUCUUCUCACAUGAUAGACAGUUUACUUGAUAUGCAUAUAGGCUAAAGCUGUAAAUAACAAAGGAAUGUAUACAUUCUUUCCCAUCACUGGCAGGGUCAAAUUGUUCCAGGGGAAGAUAAGGUGCCCCUCACUCUUGCCUGGCUGUAAUUUACAUGUCAAGGCCAGAAGGCCUUUUUCCAGUUAGUCCUCAUUUUAUGGCCCUCCCUGAUUCCUGUCACGGAGGGUGCUGUGACCUUCAGCCAGCUCUCCGGAAGCAAAACUUAACAUACCAUGAAACUUUAAAUGCAGAGAGUGCCUUAGGAAGAUGCUAUCAAGCCAUGAUUGGUUCCAUGCUACAGUUUUGGGCCUAGCCUCGAUCCAAACCACAGAAUUCUUACGACAAGUGUUAGGACAUAAGGGAGAAUGGUUCUAUAACCUGGUCUUUGGCUUGUUGUGCUGUGUGCCAGAUUUUGUUACAAUAGGGAAGAUUUCUAUUUCAGACUUCCAAGCAGUCAUCCUUAGUAGGGUAUCAACUAGGCAUUCGACUCAGGGCGGACUUCAACUUACACUCUCAGAGCAGUAGUUCAGCCGUGUGAUUUUAGCAGUAAAAGUAUUUCAUUUUUUACCAGCUGCACUGCUCCAAGUGAAGUCCUUUAAAUGCCUACUUCUUAAGUGGUGUGAAAGAAGAACAUGCCAUCGAGUUGCUGACUCACGGCAACCCCGUCCAUGGGGCAUUCCAGGCAAGAGAAAACAGAGGUGGUUUGCUAUUGCCUUCUUCUGCAUAGCUACCCUAGACUUCCUUGAUGGUCUCCCAUCCAAGUCCUAACGUGGCCAAGCCUGCUUAGCUUCCAGUCUCUGACAAGCUCAGGCUAAGCUGAGUGAUUCUGGCCAUUUAGUAGGAAAGGCUAAGAACCAAUGAAGUUCUUGAGAUCCAUGCAGAGUUCCAACCAGGGGCAGAUCUGAAAUUGGUUUCCAAUGGCAAGGUUCCUUAUCUGGUUCUGUCACAAACAGGCUGAAAUGGUACAUUGGCUUCUUUAAGGGAUGCAAACUUGGUGUUAAAAACAGGUCUCUUCAUACUUGCUAAAGAGUUAGGUGUAACUCAAAAGUUUGCAUUUCCCAGGCUUGACUAAAUGCUAUGCAUGGUCCUUUUACAGGGGGAAAAAGAGAUUAUAUAAUACUGUUUGCUUUGCUUUGUGUCUACUGAAAUCAUGAGUGUUUAUCUUCAGAAAGAUGUUAAGCUAAACAGCUCUUAUUUUUUUUAUA